AUGUCCUACCUUGGGACCAUAACCCCCAAAGGCGAUCGUCUAAGAUGCCAUAAGGGGAAACUGUCCCCUUUGCCCCACGCUGACACCACCAGGUACAGAGGGCGCAGCGCUGCUACAACAACAGCACCUGCCACGCCCAACACUGCCACCGAUACCAAAGUUCAAGAACUCUUUGUCUAUGAGAUCAAUGAACGUGACCGAGGCAGUCCUGCAUACCUUAGGCUAAGUCAAAAAUCUGUCAACUCUCUUGGAGAUUUAGUGCCAUUCAGCAACAAGCUCUACUAUGGAAACUUAGAAAAGAGGUUAGGGAUAACUUCAGGCUUAUGUGUUCUCAUCCAGCAUGUACCAGAGAAAAAGGGUGACAGAUAUGAGGCCAUUUACAGCUUCUACUUUAGAGACUAUGGUCACAUAUCAGUUCAAGGACCUUAUCUGACAUACCAAGACACAUAUCUGGCUGUAACUGGAGGCUCUGGGAUCUUUGAAGGUGUGUAUGGACAAGUGAAACGUCAGCAACUCGUAUUCCCAUUCAAGUUGUUCUACACUUUCUACUUGAAGGGUAUUCCUGAUUUGCCACCUGAGCUACUAGGGAAGCCUGUUGAACCAUCACCUAAAGUUGAGCCUUCUCCAGCUGCUAAGGCUACUGAGCCUAAUGCCUCUUUACCAAACUUCACAAACUGAUGCUGCAACUUAGCUUCCUUUCAGAAAGUUUUUUAG